AUGGCAACGAUGGAACCGAUUAACAUGACGAUCGAAGAGAAUCUCUCAACCGAUAAUGACGAUACGAACGAUAUGGAUGCCGAAGGAGAACUAGUAGACUCAGAAGACGAACAACAAGAACUAAUCGAACAACAACAGCAGCAACAGUAUCACAGCACCUCCUCAUCUCAGCCAUCCUCACCAUCAUUUAAUACUGCCCUAACCGAACAGGAACAAGAACCCAUUCAGGAUAUCAUCAACCAGAAACCAUCAUCCCAAUCAACUGUAUAUGAAGAAGAGGAAGCGGGACAACAUCAUCACUCAAUCCUGAUCGAACCAAUCCAUCACCCACUACAAGAUUCCUCACCCAAGAUGGCACCAGUCAGACUUAACAAGAAAACAACAACCAAACGGAGCAUCUCAACUAGCAACAAGACUCAGCUCAAAUUAAUCAAAUCACAACCAGUCAACCACCGAUCAAACAGCAAACAGAAACGAUGUAAUUCGAAACUAUUACCCAUCGUCAUGGCUGAACAACAGAUCUUAGAACAACACCAGCAGCAGCAGCAGAAGGCAUGUAAACAAGUGUACAAUCAGCCUAACCGACAACAGCCACAACAACAACCUACCUCACCAGUCACUCGUCCCAAGUUAGGAGUCAUAGGCGGACGACGUGCACCACGAGAAGGGUGGUGCAGCUUCUGCUCCAGAGAGGGCGGAUUCGACGACCUUAACGGGAACAUGGUCCGCGGCGAGAUUCCAAUCUCACUCGUCACUCAAUCACUCAACCCCUCAAACGACCCAUCCCACAACAACAGCAACAACCUCUCUCUCGAGCCUCUCUCUAUCAUCCCCAGCUCUUCUACUUCCUCGACCUCCCGCCGUAGAGGUAAAGGCGAAAUGGUAAGCUGUUGGGAAUGUGGUCAGAGUGGUCAUUUUAGCUGUAUGGAAUUGAACAACUUGACAAUCAAAAGUCACGCCAAAUCAUAUCCUUGGCUUUGCCUAGAAUGUAGGCGGUGUCAUGGGUGUGAUAAGAAAGGUGAUGAUGAUCAGAAUAUGUUAUUAUGCGCGGUGUGUGAUCGUGGCUGGCAUGGGGAAUGUCUGAAUCCGCCUCUAAGGACCGUACCUUCCGGUGACUUCACCUGUCCCUUUGAUCACCAGUCCACUCAAUGCAUACCUCCCCUUCCAGACUCAGUCACUCUUCCCCCUUUUUCGCCCAGCCAGAUUCCCCUCGGCCUCCCGACGAUUCCCAACAAUACCCCUCUCAAAGCCAAUGGGAUCACCUCCAAACCUAACAAUCGAGCAACAGUCAACAAGAAAAGAAAAAUGAAAAACUUGCCGUCUGAUGAUGAUGAUGAGAGCAUGGGCUUUGUUGACAAGGAAACGGGCGAUCCGACUGAAAUGCGAUCGUCUAAGAAGCUCACUGCUGGGAAGCCCAGGAAUGGCACCAAGGGUACAGUCAAACGGCUCAAUACUCUUACAUCCACUACUUCUAGUAGUCUUUCGCCGCUGAGAAAACAAACAUCGAGUUUGACUCUCGACGGCACUGCUCUUGACCCUUUUUCAAAUCAUCCGGAUGGGUCAGAUGAAAACAUUGAUGACGCACAAGAAGAAGAGGAACAAGGCGGGGACUCUCUCGAUCCACCCAAGCCAACGAAUCCGUUCGAGGGCGUGUUAAACGAGGAUGAAGCUGCAAUUGGGGAUCGAAACAUCACCGAAGACGACCUGACAAGGUUUAAUCAAAGUCUGGAAAGAUCCAAGGCUCGUAUGGAGACUUCGGCUGGCGAAUCAGCCGACAGAACCAACGCUGCCGCCCCUUCGCCCUCUAUGGUUGCAGUUCCCUCUCCAUCAAGCGGUAGUUUGGAAACCCCGCGGCUGGCAGCCGUCCGAGAGCGCAGAAGCGGCUUACAUGGCACAAGUCCAUCGGGCACAAGAGGGCGGAUCACACCGACAGUAUUCACACCCGAGAUGGAGAUUGAUGAAGUCUCCUCAAACUCAUCGACCCAUCACGAAGAAGUUGUCAAGAAAAAGGAAGCGGCUCGUCCGAGUAGGAGGACCAAGAAAAAUGAAACCCAUCAGACGAGCAUAAUCAAGUCGAUCCGAUUUGGAGAGUAUGAGAUCGAUGUAUGGUAUCAAGCGCCCUACCCUGAAGAGUACUCGAAACUGCCAGGUGGCAGAUUAUGGAUCUGUGAGCGAUGUCUGAAGUACUUCAAGACCGAGUUUGAGAUCUCUCGGCACCGUAUGAAGUGUAAGAACUUUUAUCCUCCAGGGGACGAGAUCUAUCGAGAUAAUGACGAGCGCCAUGGGGUACGAAUUCAGAUCUUCGAAGUAGAUGGAAGGAAGAAUAAGAUGUAUUGUCAGAAUCUAUGUCUCUUGUCGAAAAUGUUCUUGGAUCAUAAGACACUCUACUAUGACGUCGACCCGUUCCUCUUCUACGUGAUCACUCAAACUAGUCUCCUCUCCAAUCACCCCUCUUCUAUCGAUUCAUCCCCCUCUAAUCCUCGUUGUCAAUUCGUCGGCUAUUUCUCUAAGGAAAAACGUAGCCCAACUAAUAACGUUAGUUGUAUUAUGACUCUUCCUGUCCUUCAAAGGAAAGGCUGGGGUAAUUUGUUGAUCGACUUCAGUUAUCUAUUAUCAAAGAAGGAGAAAAGGGUUGGGACACCUGAGAAACCACUGUCAGAUCUAGGCUUACUUAGUUAUAGAAAUUACUGGACCCUAUCAAUCUCGAAAUUUUUAAUGAGCUGUGAUCCAAGCAAUGAAGAGGAACAGAUCACGUUAGAAGACAUAGCGAAUCAGACCUCGAUUUCGUUAUUGGAUGUCUAUUAUACCUGUCGACACAAGAACUGGAUCCACGAAGUCAAGCCGAGCCCGCUUUCAAAUACUUCGGUCCCAGUUGUCCAUCACCCGGUGGUUCCCAAACGGAAAUCGCACAACUGGAACGGACGUCGAAAGCCGCCGAGCUCAGUGCAUGCAUCUCCUGCUCCCGUCCAUGCUUCACAAGCUCGUCCCAACCAGCCCGGAGGCUCCUCUAACACCAAUCCAUCCGCCCCUUCUUCGAAGACCAACUCAUCAUUGAUCAUUGACGAAAAAGCAAUCCCGAAAUAUUAUAAUAUCCGAUGGGACCCUCUGGAAGUUUCCCAGAUCGUCGAGAAAUCGGCGCAGAAAGAUUUGCUCUGUCUCAAACCUGAGAAGCUCGUGUGGUCUCCUUUCCUGACCACGCGUGCUCAAGGUCUGUCGAUCGACGUUAGCCCGAUCGCUAUCCCCCUUAUCCCUAAUACUGAUCCCUAUCAAUUCUCUAAUAAAAAAUUGGCCUCCUCUUCUGUCGAUCAAUCUCCUUUGAUUUCUUAAAAUCAAAAUCCAAAAACACUCAGUUUCAGUGCGCGC